CAUCUCUAGCCCUGUCUAGCUUCUCGGCAAGGCACGUCAAUCGUUAAUCAAAUCUCAAAGAUGACGACAUGGCCUUGCUUUAACUCCGAUGCCUCCUGCUUGAGGGUUUGUCAACUUCCCGAUUUUUGGCCUGGUGUCCCCGUCAUCUGUAGGACCCCAUUGUUUCCCGUCUCUUCAACGGCGGAAGCUUAAUAUCAGCCGAUUGAGCAAUUUGUCUGCAGGUAAACCUCCUGACUGCUUCUUGUGCCGAGUUUCUUCAUACCACUUCUCUAUUCUGUUUCUCCUCUAGUGCAGCUGUUUGAUACCCAAUACUUUUCUCACUCAUCAUGUGGGGUUCCGCCAUUCCACCCGCCGAACGGGACAAUCGACGCAAUCCAUGGCACGAGGACGACUACCUUCGCGAUGGGAGAGAAGAAGUAGUGACACCGGACCACCAGAGCGAGGAGGAAAGCCCAGAUCGCGACCGCCUACGACGCGCAGGCACCUGGGGUGAGAAAGACGCAGGGAGACUUGAUACACGGGCAGCAGCAGAGGAUCUCGAGGUCCUACGGGGAGAGCUUGCGUCUUUGUCAAAGUCGCGUUCCCGCGGCGCACAAUCGCAACGAUCGAACCCGCUUUCUAGGACUACAAGUCGACUCAGCAAACGCCAAAGCCAGGGCCAGGGCCAUCGUCGAGGAUCCAUUACGCGCGCAGAAGAGGGCACCGGCGAUGCAGAAGAUGACGAACCGGUAGACAUUGUUGCUGCGGAAAAGGAAGACGACUUCGAGCUCGAUGAAUUCAUGCGUGAGGGACACUUCGAGAAGCGCAAGGACGGUCAAUCGGCCAAGAAAGUCGGCGUCAUCUACAAGAAUCUCACCGUUAAGGGUGUGGGGUCGACUGCUUCCUUCGCGAGGACGCUGCCCAACGCGAUUCUGGGCACCUUUGGGCCUGAUCUCUACCGUAUCGUCUCCGGUUUUAUCCCGACGCUGAAGUUGGGCAGACAUAAGCAGAUGCGGACACUUAUCAAUGACUUUUCGGGUGUGGUCAAAGAUGGCGAGAUGAUGCUCGUCUUAGGACGGCCCGGAUCUGGAUGUUCUACCUUCCUGAAGGCUAUAUCAAACAAUCGCGAGUCGUAUGCUGCCGUGGAGGGCGAUGUAUCCUACGGAGGUAUCCCAGCCGGCAAGCAGAAGAAGCAAUUCCGAGGAGAAGUCAACUACAACCCCGAGGACGACUCGCACAUGGCCGAUCUCAACGUCUGGCAAACACUCAAGUUUGCCCUCACCAACAAGACCAAGAAGAACGAGAAGCACGAGAUCCCGAUCAUCCUUGACGCACUCCUAAAGGUCUUCGGUAUAUCCCACACCAAAUACACCAAAGUAGGAGAUGAAUACGUUCGUGGCGUUAGUGGAGGCGAACGCAAGCGCGUCUCCAUUGCCGAGACUCUCGCCACGAAGAGCACGGUCAACUGCUGGGACAACAGCACCCGCGGCCUUGACGCCAGUACCGCGCUCGACUACGCCAAAUCGCUCCGCAUCAUGACCGAUAUCAGCAACCGAACGACGCUAGUGACGCUUUACCAAGCUGGUGAACAGAUCUACGAGGUCAUGGACAAGGUCAUGGUUAUUGAUGCUGGACGCUGCAUCUAUCAGGGGCCGGCGGGCGAGGCGAAGCAGUACUUCCAGGACUUGGGGUUCAAGUGCCCAGAACGCCAGACGACGGCUGACUUUUUGACGGCGGUUACUGAUCCUACCGAACGUCAGUUUCGUGAAGGAUUUGAAGACAAAGCACCGAAGACGUCUGAGGAGCUUGAGAAAGCUUUCAGAGAGAGUGAGGCUUACAAGAAGGUUUUGAGAGAGAUCUCCGAAUACGAAGCGGAGCUAGAGAACAGCGGCUAUGUGGACGCCAAGGAGUUCGAGGGCGCCGUACGAGAGAGUAAGAGUAAGACGGUUCGCAAGAAGAGUCCAUACACCGUCUCUUUCAUCCGCCAAGUACUGGCUUGCACUCAACGCGAGUUCUGGCUCACAUGGGGUGAUCAGACCACGCUAUAUACCAAAUUCUUCAUCAUCAUCUCCAACGGUCUCAUCGUCGGAUCCCUGUUCUACGGACAAGCUCUUGACACCUCUGGUGCUUUCUCACGAGGCGGCUCUGGUUUCUUCUCCAUUCUCUUCCUCGGAUGGCUCCAGCUUUCGGAGCUGAUGAAGGCGGUCUCUGGUCGUAAUGUUGUCAAGAGACAUGAGGACUACGCUUUCUAUCGCCCUAGUGCUGUGGCCAUUGCGCGUGUGGUGCAAGACUUCCCGCUGCUGCUGGCACAGGUCAUUCCAUUCUCCAUCAUCAUGUACUUCAUGACCGGUCUCGACGUCGACGUGUCCAAGUUCUUCAUCUACUUCCUGUUCAUCUACAUCACAACCUUCUGUGUUACAAGUCUCUACCGCAUGUUCGCCGCUCUCUCGCCUACCAUCGAUGACGCCGUGCGGUUUGCGGGUAUCGCGCUCAAUCUCCUGAUUAUCUACACGGGCUACGUCAUCCCGAAGCCCCAGCUUCUGACGGACUAUAUCUGGUUUGGAUGGAUAUACUGGAUCAACCCGGUUGCGUACUCUUUCGAAUCGGUGCUCGCAAACGAAUUUUCCGAUCGUAUCAUGGAGUGCGCUCCUAGCCAACUGGUACCCCAAGGAUCAGGUGUCGAUCCCGCCUAUCAGGGUUGUAGUUUGACUGGUGCACCACCAAACUCGAGAACUGUCCCCGGCUCAGACUACCUCCAGGUGUCCUUCAACUACUCGAGGUCGAACCUCUGGCGCAACUUCGGUGUUGUAAUAGCCUUCACGGUGCUAUAUCUUUUGGUAACGGUGAUCGCAACCGAAACGGUAUCCUUCGCGCAGUCAGGUGGCGGUGCAUUGGUCUUCGCCAAGAACAAGCGGGCCAAGCAAGCUGUUAAGGAAGAGGCACCUGUUGAUGAGGAAAAUGUGGUCGCUGGCGAGUCUACCGCGAGCUCAGACACCGCUACUCAUCAAGAGGAGGAGGCGCUGGACUCGAUCUCGAGCAGCGAAAGCGUCUUUACCUGGAAGGAUGUCGAAUACACUGUCCCAUAUCAGGGAGGUGAGCGCAAGCUUCUGAACAAGGUCAACGGAUAUGCAAAGCCUGGUGUCAUGAUCGCCCUUGUCGGUGCCUCCGGUGCCGGUAAGUCCACCUUACUCAACACACUAUCGCAACGACAAUCUACCGGUGUCGUCUCUGGUGAGUUCCUGGUGGAUGGCAAGGAUCUCGGCAAGGCUUUCCAACGAGGUACUGGAUUCUGCGAGCAGAUGGAUCUCCACGACGGUACUGCUACAAUCCGCGAAGCUCUCGAGUUCUCCGCCAUCCUGCGCCAGGAUAAGAAGACGCCUAGGAAGGAGAAGCUUGACUACGUCAACAAGAUCAUCGACCUGCUCGAACUACAAGACAUUCAAGAUGCGCUUGUUUCCAGCCUGGGUGUUGAGCAAAAGAAGCGCCUCACGAUCGGUGUCGAACUCGCUGCGAAGCCUUCGCUGCUACUGUUCCUUGACGAGCCGACGAGUGGUCUCGACAGCAACUCGGCGUACUCCAUCGUCCAGUUCCUCAAGAAGCUCGCUCAGGCAGGCCAGGCUAUUGUCUGCACUAUUCAUCAGCCCAGCAGUGUCUUGAUUCAGCAAUUCGACAUGAUUCUGGCCCUCAAUCCCGGUGGCAACACUUUCUACUUCGGUCCCGUAGGCGAGAACGGAACCGACGUUAUCAAAUACUUUGGCGAUCGCGGCGUACAGUGUCCGCCUAGUAAGAACGUGGCAGAGUUCAUCCUGGAGACCGCAGCGAAGCCUGUCAAGCGUAAAGAUGGCAGCAAGAUCAAUUGGAAUGAAGAGUGGCUCAAUUCCGACAACAACAAGCAGAUGCUCCAGGAAAUCGAUCGCAUCAAGGCCGACCGCAGCAAGACCGUAUCCAACCAGAACCAAGAAGGAGCAGAAGAGGAAUCCGAGUUCGCGGCAAGUGUCUGGGAGCAAACCACCAUGCUUACCAAGCGCACCUUCAUUCAGUACUGGCGCGAUCCGUCGUAUCUAUACGGCAAGCUUUUCGUCGCAGUGAUCAUCGGCAUAUUCAACGGCUUCACAUUCUGGCAACUCGGCAACUCCAUCGGCGACCUGCAAAACCGCAUGUUCACCGCUUUCCUCAUCAUCCUCAUUCCACCCACCAUCGUCAACGCCGUCGUACCCAAAUUUUACCAAAACAUGGCGCUAUGGCAAGCUCGCGAACUUCCGUCUCGCAUUUACGGCUGGGUCGCUUUCACCACUGCGCAGGUGGUGGCUGAGAUUCCCAUCGCCAUCGUGUCGAGUGUGCUAUAUUGGAUUUUGUGGUACUUCCCUACUGGGCUACCCACCGAUAGCUCGACGUCUGGAUACGUCUUCUUGAUGACAAUGCUGUUCUUCCUGUUCAUUUCCAGCUGGGGUCAGUGGAUUUGUGCGUUUGCGCCGAGCUUUACGGUUAUUUCGAAUGUGUUGCCUUUCUUCUUCGUCAUGUUUGGUCUGUUCAAUGGUGUUGUACGGCCGUACGACAUGAUGCCCGUCUUCUGGAAGUAUUGGAUGUUUUGGAUCAACCCUUCAACGUACUGGAUUGGUGGUGUUCUCGCUGCUACUUUGAACGGCAUUCCGGUUGAGUGUCAGGAGAGCGAGACCGCCAUUUUCGACGCACCACCAGGCCAGACGUGUUCCUCCUACGCUGGUGCCUUUGCUUCAGCUUCUCCUGGAUAUCUCCUCAACCCCGAUGCCACGACUGGUUGCCAAUACUGCCCAUAUUCUUUGGGUAACGACUACCUCGCAACCAUCCACAUCAAAGCAAGCGACAAAUGGCGCAACUUUGGUAUCUUCCUUGCCUUUUGCAUUAGUAACUGGGCGCUUGUUUACUUUUUUGUUUGGAGCAUCAGAAUUAAGGGAUGGAGCUUUGGUUUCGGGACUGUCUUCGGAGGCCUGGGCAAGGGUGUCAGUAAGAUCAAGGGCAUGCUAAGUGGGAAGAAGAAGAGUGAAGAGAAGGCCUGAUAAGUGCCGUAAUCUGUGUGUGUGUGUGAGAGAGAGAGAGAGAGAGAGAUGUUUGUAGCCUAUCUUCAAUAUAAUGUUCAAGUUUUAGCAAA